CGUAGAGUUGUUUGCAUUGAUUGUCCUUGAUCUGAGAGUUUGAUUUGGAAAGAAAGUUGCUUUUGAUUAGCAGAACGUUGCUCUGCGGCUGGUGCAACGGCAGAAUGCACGCGUUGCACCUGAUCAUCAGCGCCUGUGCUGUUGCAUCUGUUAUCGGUGUGGAUAGGAACAAUUUCAAGACAUGCUCGGAAAGCUCGUUUUGCAAGAGAAAUAGAGAUCUUGAACCCAAAGACUCCAGGUUCCAUGUCGUGCCGGGAACAAUUAACAUUGGCAGUGGCCGAGUGACGUUUGAGCUGCUCAAUGAUGAAGCGUCGUUUGUUGGCGAGGUCAUCACGUUGGUCGACAACACAGCUCGCUUGAUGAUCAACGAGAAAGCGCCAUUGCACCCACGCUAUGUCGUAAAGGAUUCCCUUGACGGCGAGCCCAAGACCGCUCCUUUGAAGCUGGAAGAGCAGACCGAUGCUUCCGUGCGUGUUAACUUUGGCUCGGAAGGCCGUGCCUCGGCUGUCAUCGUCUUCAAGCCGUUCCGAGUUGAUUUCCUGAUGGACAAAGAGAUUGUCACGUCGCUCAACUCCCGCGGUCUCAUGAACUUUGAGCACUAUCGCAAGCCAGCCCUCGUCCAGCACGAUCCCCCUGCACCGACGGAAGCAACAGAAGAGCACCAUGAAGGUGAGGAAGGCCAGGAGAACCAUGAGCAACCACCAGCCGAAGAGCACCAGGCACCUCCGGAGCCAACUUACGAGGACUGGACGGAAACGUACAAGUCGCACACCGACCAUCGGCCCAAAGGUCCGAGUUCUCUUGGUAUGGAUAUCUCCUUCCCCGGUGUGGAGCAUGUUUAUGGUAUUCCAGAGCAUGCUGACUCCCUUGCACUCAAACUGACCAAGGGAAAUGGCGCCCACCAUUCUGAGCCAUACCGGCUGUACAACUUGGAUGUGUUUGAGUAUGAGCUGAACAACCCCAUGGCCCUCUACGGCUCCAUUCCCGUCAUGAUGGCACACAAUGCUCAGCACUCUACGUCCGUAUUCUGGAACAAUGCCGCGGAAACGUGGAUUGACGUCAGCAACUCCUUGGCUAAGUCUGGAAUCUUAAGUAUGCUGUCCUACUUCCACGGUAGUGAUGAGACACCGCAGAUCGACACACACUGGUUCUCGGAGAGUGGCAUUAUCGACGUGUUUGUUAUGCUGGGCCCCAAGCCGCACGACCUGUUCCGGCAGUAUGCAGCACUGACUGGACCAACACCUCUUCCACCAAUGUUCUCUAUUGCAUACCACCAGUGUCGCUGGAACUACAAUGAUCAGGAGGACGUGUAUGGUGUGAAUAAGGGAUACGAGGAUCAUGAUAUCCCAGUCGACGUCAUCUGGCUGGAUAUUGAGCACACUGACGGCAAGAAGUACUUCACCUGGGACGUUGCCAAAUUCCCCAACUCCAAGGAGAUGCUCGACAAGCUUUGGUCGUACGGACGCCGCAUGGUCACCAUUGUCGAUCCUCAUAUCAAGCGCGAGGAUGGCUAUCACAUUCACUCGGACGCGUCCUCUCAGGGUCUGUACAUCAAGAAUCACAACGGUGGAGACUACGAUGGCUGGUGCUGGCCCGGUUCAUCGUCCUGGAUUGACUUUACGAGUCCAGACAUUCGCAAGUGGUGGGCAGAGCAGCUGUCGCUCAGUCGCUACUCCGGCUCCACAACCUCGCUGUUCACGUGGAACGACAUGAACGAACCGUCCGUCUUCAACGGUCCCGAGAUCACCAUGCACAAGGAUGCCAAGCAUCACGGAGACUGGGAACAUCGCGAUGUUCACAAUGUCUACGGUAUGCUCCAGCCACAAGCCACCGGCGAAGGACAGGUUGCCCGCUCCGGCGGCCGCGAUCGUCCUUUCGUUCUGUCGCGUGCCUUCUUUGCUGGAUCUCAGCGUUUCGGUGCUAUCUGGACUGGUGACAACACGGCUGAUUGGGGACACUUGAAGGCAUCCAUGCCCAUGCUGCUCUCUAUUGGACUGACUGGUCUCACUUUCGCUGGUGCUGAUGUUGGUGGAUUUUUCAAGAAUCCCGACUCUGAGCUGCUGAUUCGUUGGUAUCAGGCCGGCGCCCAUCAGCCGUUCUUCCGUGCCCAUGCUCACCUCGACACUAAGCGCCGUGAGCCGUACCUUCAUGACGAGAAUGUGAUGCAGCGCAUCCGCAAUGCCAUCCUCGCACGUUACUCUAGGCUGCCAUUCUGGUAUACCCUGUAUUACCAUGCUUCUAAGACUGGUGUACCCACCAUGAGGCCUCUGUGGGUUGAGUUCCCAAGUGAAGAAGCAACAUUCUCCCUUGAAGAGGAAUACCUCAUUGGUUCUGCAUUGCUAGCCAAGCCUGUCACCGAGGCUGGUGUAUCAUCCUGGGAUGUGUACUUGCCUGGCAAGGAUGAGGUAUGGUAUGCCACUGAUGACCUGAGCCGCUACACCGGAGGACAGACCAUCACUCUUUCAGUCACACUGGACAGGAUUCCUCUCUUCCAGCGUGGUGGCAGUAUUAUCCCCACCAAGGAACGCAUUCGCCGCUCUACGGUGCAGAUGUUAAAUGAUCCUCUUACUCUAACCGUUGCACUCAACAACCAGGGCUCGGCCAAGGGCGAUCUGUACAUGGAUGAUGAGACAACGUUUGACCACCACUCUGGCAAGUACCUGCUGCGCAACUUUGAGUUCACUGCUGGCAAGUUUACAUCCAGGAACGGAGAUACUGCUGGUUCGUAUCGCUCCGAGUCCUGGGUGCAGCGUAUUGAUGUGAUUGGUAUCACGGCUCAGCCUGCCACCGUUACACUGACGCUGAGUAACGGAUCCCAACGUCAACUGGCCUUCUACUUCAACGCCAGUCAUAGUCGUCUUGUCAUCCGCAAGCCUGAUGUUAACAUUGGCGAGGACUUUGACAUUGUUAUUGCCUAAAGCCCAGGCGGCCCUAGUUCUGUUUUAAAUUUAUUUCCUGGCUGUGGUGACUUCCGUUCACCAGAUAUUUUGCUGUUUAUUGUGUUUCUGGGCAAGUGCAUGUGUGUGUGUGUGUGUGAGUGAGUGAGAGAGAGAUGGACGGACGGCAGACUAGGAGGAGGAGAGCGUGAUGACCCAUGUUAAUAACUGGGUUUGCAUUAUCGUUCUGGCCUUGCGUAUCGUUGCUCACCCAUUGGCCUUGUUGCAAUGCAUGACUGUACUGUACUGUACUGCCAUACGUCCACUCUUACACACCAUUAUCGUUACUGCAACUAACCCAAUAGCGCUUGCUGGCAUAUUCAAUGCAUCUUGCUAUGCCCAUCUUUGAGACUUUUCUUUUUCUUUUUACGCAAAGUACCCAAUGCGUUUUACUUUUAAUGUAGAAAGGAGAGAAAGCAGAAGAUGAAUAUGCGACAUA